CUGCCGGAAGUGGGCGAUGGUACGUUCCCAGUGACAGCUCGAGCUGGGCUAGCUCUCAUGCCCCGGCUUCAGAAAACAGACACUUUUUAACAAGCUGGACUCGUUAAUUGUCCGUUCCGUUUAAGUCAGCUUGUCAGUUGAUCCGCCGACAUGUGUGCUGCCAAGAAGGGAGACUUGUCUCCGAGCGAAAAGGAGUUGUUUGAUGUUAUCACGGCAGGAAAUGUCCAAGAGGCCUCAAGACUGCUGGGCUGCAAAGAUGUCAGAGUCAACUGCUUGGAUGAGUACGGCAUGACGCCACUCAUGCAUGCUGCCUACAAAGGCAAAGCAGACAUGUGCAAGCUGCUGCUGCAACACGGCGCCGACGUCAACUGCAACCAACACGAGCACGGCUACACGGCGCUCAUGUUCGCCGGCCUGUCGGGGAAGACGGACAUCACGUGGAUGAUGCUGGACGCCGGGGCGGAAACGGACGUGGUCAACUCUGUGGGAAGAACCGCCGCGCAGAUGGCCGCGUUUGUUGGGCAACACGACUGUGUCACCGUCAUCAACAACUUCUUCUCUCGCACCCGCCUCGACUACUACACCAAAGCCCAGGGUUUGGAGAAAGAACCCAAGUUGCCCCCCAAACUAGCCGGACCCCUGCACAAGGUCAUCAUGACCACCAACCUCAACCCAGUCAAGAUGGUGAUGCUAGUGAAGGAGAACCCGCUGCUGGCCGAGCCGGAGGCUUUGGACAAGUGUCGUCGCGUGAUGGAGCUCAUCUGCGAGAAGUGCAUCAAGCAGCAGGAAAUGAACGAGGUGCUUGCCAUGAAGAUGCACUACAUCAGCUGCGUCCUGGGCAAGUGCGCCUCCUUCCUCAAGGACCACGACGACAAGCUGGACGGCCUCACAAAGAGCCUUCUGAAGGGCCGAGACGGAGACGGCUUCCCGGUAUACCAGGAGAAGUUCCUCCGAGAGUGUGUGCGCAAAUUCCCCUACUGCGACGCCACACUGCUGCAGCAGCUGGUCCGCAGCAUCGCCCCCGUGGAGAUCGGUAACGACCCCACAGCGCUCUCCGUGCUGACCCAGGCCAUCACGGGUCAGGUCGGCUUCAUGGACGCAGAGUUCUGCACUUCCUGUGGAGAGAAGGGAGCCGAGAAGAGAUGCUCUAUCUGUAAAACGGUGAUCUACUGCGACCAAGCGUGUCAGAAGAUGCACUGGUUCACUCACAAGAAGGUGUGCAAGAAGCUUCAGGAGCAGCGGGAGAAGCAGGAAGCACAGGCCAACAAAGUCAGAGUGGCGCACGACACGGAGGAGAGUGCAGCAGUGCAGGAGGCCUCUGACUCCAUGAAGCAGCUCUCCACGGAGGACAACAGCGAGGUCGCUCCCGCCGAGGCCUCAAGCGCCACGCCCAUCCCCACCGCCGACAACUGAGGGGCUCCGGUGAUGCCGGCUGGCUCCAGAACACAUCCAUUCACCAGGAAGCAGUGAGCUGACUGGCAGUGGAGCUGAAGACCACCGUGUGGACUUCUCCAAGAGACGCUCGCAGGAAGACAGUUUGAGGUGCCGUGUGGUCUUUGUCCUCGUUCCUUAAUUACCCGACCAUCUCGUAGUACGUGGAAAACAGUUUCGUGUUAGCGCUCACAGAGAAGGAGUCCUAGAAAUUCUGCCUUAAAAAGGAAGUAGCAGAGUGACAAGACAAACUUGUUUUUAUACGCAUCGCCUUCAUUGUGGGUAGAGACGACCAAAAAUAUGUAUUUGCAAUAUUUAUAUAACACUACAGGAGUUCCAUAAGUUGUGAUGAUGAUGCUCAGGUGCCGAUGGCCGCCAUGCGUUUAAUAAAUACAGUCACUAAAUUCAACACUGAUUGGUGCGUUUUCACGUCUGGUCCCACUUGUCAACAACAGCAGAACAGUUUUAUCGCAAAAAUACGCGAGUAAUUCAUAUGCCCAUAAAAAUGUCUUGUUUUUGUCCUCAAAUGUCAACACAUAUGCUAAGAAUUUAUAUAUAUUUCAAUAAAAAACUGCAUCUCAGCUUUGGGAUAUAGGUGGAAAAAAAGUAGUAUUACUAUCAACUUCACUCUUUGCUCUUUUUUUCCCAUUUUUGCUGUUUUUUUAUUUUCCAUUGUCUUGAAUAAAUUAAAUAAUUUCACAUAUUUUAUCUAUGAAAUUAUAUACUUCAUGUAUUAGAUUUCAUCAAUCAUAUAUUUAUGAAAUAUUUUAUUUGUAAAAAAACCCUUGUAUAGUUGUCUUGCUGCAAUGACCGCUUCUUUCCAGCCGAGGGCAGCAUUUCGCUUGAAAUGAAGUAAGUUGCGGUUCAAUACAUACAUGGAAUAUACAAGAAAGUAAAAGUAGUAUUUGAAUACCAACAUAAAUAAGUAAUUAACAGUCAUGUAGUGACUUAAAAAAAGGUUGUUGUGAUUGAAGUCUUUUAACGAGAUGUUUAUGGAUGGGAAAAUGUCCACUGAAAUCCAACCACAGUUUAGUUUUCUCCGCUUAGUGAUUUUUUUUAAUCACAAAAAUCUAGCGUAACUUCUUUUUUUUUUUUUUUUAACACGCACUUUAAAUCCCCAGGGAAAACAGCUACUGGGGGGCAUGUAAGGGACGUUACAACAAUUUCACAUGCCAAAGUCCAUUUAUUAGUCACGCCGGGCCUUUUGAAAAUACUCACAUCGAGAUCUGAUCUCACAAACUAGAAGAUGUGGACCAGGCCGAGAAGUGACAGCUCUUGGCUCGGAGUGCUUUUUCAUUUCAGGAAAAGUCAAACUCUCUGGCAGUCGCAUAUGUAAACGUGUUCAUGAUGGAAGUUGGCCAUUUUUGUGGCGUCAGGCCUGCAGAAGUUGUCCAGCAAGUGCGGGGCUCCUCUCUUGGAUCAAGGUGGACAUUAUCUCAGCGACCUUUGACACAGACCUCUCCCAGCACUUGACAUCCUAAAAAAAAAAUACAAAAAUAAAAUGGAGAUAUGGUUUAUGAAAACAAACACGGAUGCGCGUUUAUCAUGGUAAUGGUUUCAUUCAACAAUAUGGCACUAUCAAUGUGUUGUCAUGAAAAAUAAAAACAACAGAAUAAAAUACCAAUAUUUGCUUGUUGGACUGUAUUAUAAAUAUACUUCCUGUAGGAGUCCAAUCAUUUUUCACAUUUUCCUACGCAAAAAUGGCUAGGCAGAAACCUGAGAUGAGGCUGUGGCGAGUCUCUUGAGUGCACGGGGUUGGAUGGUGAUUUCUGUUUGUCAUCAUGUUGCCAAUAAAACGUUUGUUUCCUCCUCACCGCGAUAGGGCAUGUGCUUGUCACUGCUGUCCUUCCAUAGAGAGAAAAAGCCAGCACCAUUCCUUCUUGCUCCUCCAACACAUGAUAGUAAUAUCCCGAGAAGAACGCCACCGAGUGAAGGCGUUUUUGUUGCAAUUUGUGACGUCCUGUGAAGAUCUGAGAGUCGACGUUUGGUGGCCUUCUGGGCUUGCUUAAGUCUGUUGUGGUUCUUUCUGUUCUCUUGGUGAACCUUGAAUGCUGUUCACUCCCCCGACAUUCCUCGCAGGACACAAACUCCCUGCUUUGAUUUACUUUCUCCUCCAACAAGGACCUGCUUUCCAUCUUCUAAAAGACGCUCCAAGCUGACCGAGUUUCAACCUUGCGCCGCUUCUUCAGGCUCAGGCGUUUAGAGUCCACUCUCAGGUCUCUUGGAGUCUGGACGGCCGUCUCUUUUGACCAGGGGUGUCCAGACUCUUUGUAAAGCAAUGCUGAGAAGACGAUAUACUGUAUGUAUAUCUAUAUCUAUAUCUACAGUAUAUCUAUAUCUAUAUAUAUAAAUACAAUAAAAAAACUGCACCUCAGCUUUGUGAUGCAAGUGAAAAAGCUCAUUCUUAGUAUCAACUUAGCUUUUAAUUUUUCAAAUAUUUCGACUUUUUCUUAAUCUUUUCAUAAUAUUAUGACUUUAUCUCCAUAUUUUUUAACUUUAUUCCCAUAAUAUUAUAACUUCCCCCAACCAAAUUUGACAAAAAUGACAACUUUGUUUUGUUUCUCACAAUGUUACAACCUAUAAAAAAAUAUUUUUUCUUUAAUAUUUCAACUCUAUGCGACUAAAAUGUCUUAUUUUUCCUCAUUAAGAGUUUGUUCUUAUAUAAAGUUACAACUUUUUUUUUCGCAAUACUUUGACUUUAUUCUUGUAAAAUUGAUGAUUUUCCAGCUAGUUCACCUUUCUUCUUGCAAUUAUGGUUUGAUUCCCAUCAUAUUUUGGCUUCGUUCUCAUAACAUAACUUUUUCCGCUACCAAAAAAACAACUUUAUUUGUUGUUUCUCAACAUCUGACCACUUUAAAGACGACGUACACUUUGGACGCCCCUGCCUUUGACUCUUACUGCUGGAUGUGACAUUUAUGAAAGCUGCAGAACGUGAGGUCUCAUCUCAUCAAUCAUCUCAUCUAACGUAACGUUAUGUCAUGCAAGGCGGGUGCCCGUGAGGAGGUGAGCGAGUGAUGAGCGUGGAAUUGGGCCAGACUGUGACUAACAUCAUUGAGCCACCUGAGAUCCUCCUAAAGUUUUCCUCUCUAAUCACAACCUGAUUUACCCCGGGGGGGGGGGUAAAUCACAUGACGCUGCAGAGGGCUGAAUUGACUGAUGGACUAAAAGGUGAAUGGAUGAUCACUGGAUGAAUUUACUGAUGAACGAACUGACGCAUAAGUGGACGAAUGGAUAGAUGAAUGGGUGAAUUUACUGACGGAUGAGUAUGAUGAAUGGGUGCGUGAAAGCAGUGAUGGCUCAGUGGAUGAAGCGUGAUUUGUUGAACCGCAAUCGAUGACUGCAUUAAUGGGUGGAUGAACGCCCUCAUGGCUGAAUGGACUGAUGGUGAGUGGAUGGACAGUGGGAUGAAUGUGUUUACUGCUAAAUGAAUGAACUGGUGGAUGAGUGGAUGAAUAUACUGAUGGGUGAAUGGACUGAUGGACGAGUUGAUGAAUGAAUGGAUGGGCGAAUGCACUGAUGAAUGAGUGAAUGAAUGGAAGGGGGGGUGGGUGGAUGGAUGACUUUCUAGGUGGAUUAAUGGAUGAAUAUAUGGGUGAGGUAUGGAUGAAUACACUGAUGAAUGGACUCAUGGGUGAAUGAAUGAAUAUAUGAGUGAGUAAUGGAUGAAUGGACAAAUAGAUUAAUGCACUGAGAAGCAGACUGGUGGUUGAAUCAUGGACAGAUGGAAAGAUGACUACAUUAAUAAAUGGCCUGACUGAUGGGUGAAUGAAUGGAUGAAUGUAAGACUCGACAAGAGCACAGCUAAUAUGCAUAUUUGCUAGCAUGAAACUUUGUUUAUGAGCAAAUAAAGCAUGAAAAAUGACAAGAUGACAGAGUACUUGCUAAUAGGGAAGGGGAGAUCACCAAGGAGGAUCAAAGUUUUAUUUGUUGCUUCACUCAGCCUUUGAAGAUGGAUGAUGCUUUAAAAGGGAGCAUUAUUAAAUCAAGUAGUUGUUUAGACCUUGGCGCAAAUACCACUCAGGAGCCCGUCUGCAUCAUGUGGUUGAGCAAAGUAGAAGAAAACGCCAACAUGAGGGUUCAGUUACUAAACAACAACAGAGCGCGACGACUCGCAGACGUCGGACUGCUUUCCUGGAGAAAGUAGAAACGUGAGUGCUAGGAAGUGAUGACUCAUGAUGAUUGGCCACAAAGUCACAUCCCACCUUGGAACACGGAAGAGAUCUUUAAAGCGCAUUUCUUUGCAAGGGAUGACGCCUUUUUGUGUGAGGGCAAUGUGAUCCCUGGAGGGAUUAACGUGUCUCCAGGUUGUCAUCAGACUUGAUGGCCUUUGGCAAAAGCGUUUUUCCAUGAAUAUGUGCCCAAGCGUAUGGAAGCGAUGACGCCGGUUGGCAAGCAGAGGGGCACCGUGCUGGCAGAGCUGAGCCAGCAGCAAAUGAGCUCAUGGAGCUCACCUGUUUGAAGCCUGUAAAUAGAGUAUGCAAUUUGCAAGUAAGGUGUCUUCCUUGAAUACUUGUAAUCUAAUAUCACACUCAGUCCCUCUUGCUAACGUACCUGCAGCAAUAAGUGACCAGUGCUGAAUGAGCACAGUUUCUAAUUUCACAGACUGGAAUAGUCCAAAGUUUCAUACUUUGCACUUUACUUUGUUCUAAUACGGAUGUUUGUGCAACAGAGGCAUAUUCUUUUUGCAAAUGUGACUUAUAAAUGCCACAGAGCGGUAUAUUUAUGUAUGAAGGCUGCAAAGGAUGGAAAAAUAGCUCCGUCCUAAACGCUUACUUUCCAUUGUACUUUGUGUGCCAAGACGCGAGGCUCUCGUCCAAGAGUGGAGCCCCUUUGUGAAAUGAGGUGACGGCUUUGUUUUAAUAUAAAUGCAAGCCAUACAUAAUCCCGUGACUGGGCACGAGCUGAAAGCAAAUAUAUUCUGGAUCAUUCCCAUGUGUACGUACACACAAACACAAGCAAAAGCCUUGUUAUUCCUGCUCCGACCACAAGUUUUGGGAAAGAAACUUCAAUCAUUAGCUCCUAUUUUUGCUGCUGAGGACUCUGGCGAGGCGCGAGGCGACAGGUCUUUGAAAGGCAGAGUGGAGUGGAGAGGGACCACACAGCAAGCGGUCCUCCAUCUUUCCCUAUCCUUAAAUGCCGCCGAUGCAAUCAACCUUUCCAUGAAAGAGGAGCAGCACUCCUGCCACACAAGAAGGAGAUGCUUUGAAGUGGAAAGGUCUCUCCGGGUAAUUAGGAGCUCCGCCAGUGACACUUUGCACGCCUCCGUCGCUCUCGAGACUCGCAGGGGGCUUCCACCCCCCCCCCUUCAUGACGUACCGAGAGAAGUCAUUGAAUCACGGCUCACGUGGGGGAGACUGGAUGGACGCCCGAGCCGAUAGGGCCCGAGAGCGUUGUUGCACUGGCUGCUACCAUAAUAACCACAGCUGCCAAAAACACUUCCAGAGCUUUUAUCACCUCUUUAUAUCAUCUUUAUGCUUGGCUGUCACUGCCUAUUUGCCUGCAAUAAUAGCAGCACCAAAGACCACUUGAGUGGAGACUUCCAAACGUAAUUCUCUGGGAAGCACUUCCUAGAUGAACUCUUGAGUUCAGUCACAAAACAUGAUAGCGUGUCAGGAUUUAACAUUCAGAGAGAAAAGGGAGUCCAAAUCCAUCCAUCUAACGGAUUAUUCUUUGUGUUCGGACUGGUGAUCAGUCCCCUAAGUGUGGUGGGAUAGGUGCUAGCACAAACGGAGCAGCACUGGUGUGUGAUGGAAGGAUUUCAUUGGUAUUCUUGGAAGGUUCCACUUGAAACUCCAACGUUGGCGUGGACAAGGUGUGACUGCAGGAUAUCACUUUUCUUAGGGUUCAAGUCGGAUUUGACUGGGAUUGAUAUGAUACCUAGACCAGAAGUAAUGUCAAGGUGGACGCAAUUUAAGAGGCUGAAGAGCCAUUCUAUUGUUUACCUGCGUUUUUAGUAGUUUUAGGUGUUCAGUGGAUGGAAGCACCUGACGCUAGCUGAUACCUGAUGAGUCACUUAUCUACACAGCUGGCAUCUACAACUCUGCAUUCAUCUCAACAACAAGCGCCUGGAGUUCCAACAAGCCCGGGGUACCUUGGCGUACGUUUGGACAGAACACUCUUCUUCAGACAUCUUGAAGAGGUGUCGGCCAAAGUGUCCUCAAGGGUCUCACUAAUCUGAUGUCUCACGGGCACUAGUCGGGGUGCCGCGAAUCUCCACGAACACCCUCGUCUUCUCUGCAGCUGAAUACUGUGCUCCAGUCAUGUCAAGAAGUUUGAUCCAAUUCUAAACGCCCUUUGGACCAUAACUGGCUGCCUUAAGCCCACACCCGUGUUCCACCUUCCAGUGCUAGUGGGAAGAGCCCUCGUCACGAAGGUCAUGAGACACGACUGGCACAUUUUGCACACCACCACCACGACAGUGUCAGAAAUAUAUAAUGGCAAAAAUGGAAAACGCAGUAACUUUACAAGAAUAAAGUCAAAAUGUUGAGAAAAACGUAAUCUAACGAGAAAAUAUGAGGAAAAAAAAGUUGUAAUAGUAAUAUUUAAAAAGGUAUUUAUUUUAAAGUCGUAAUAUGAGAAACCAACGAAUAAAGGUGUCAUUUUUUUUGAAAAUUAGGUUGUGGAAAAAGUUAUGUAUAGAAAAUAAAAUGAAACUAUUAUGGGAAUAAAGUCACAAUUUUUCUAUAAAGAGCUCAUAACAUCGCAUAGCACAGUGUUGGAAUAUUAAAGAAAAAAGUUAUAUUUUUAAAAAGUUGUAACAUUAUGAGCACAAAACAACAAAGUUUGUAAUUUUUGGGAAAUUAGGUUGCGGAAAAGUCAUAAUAUUACGGGGAUAAAGUCAUAAUCAUGAGAAGAAAACUUACCAGAAGAAAGUUUAAAUACUUGCAAAAUGGAACCCCCCCCCCCAAAAAAAAAGAGUAAAGACUGAAGUUCAUACUAAUAAUACGCUUUCUCACCAAUAUCACAAAGCUGAGAUGCAUCCUUUAUGUUCAGUAUGUGCGCCUUGGUUGGACACCCCUGCCUUCGACACUUGGACAGUUCCCCUUUCAUUCCGUUCAAACGUGUGAUGCAUGUAAAUGCACCUUAUUUAGGGUCCAUGUAACAGUCACAAACACUGAAGGUAUGCACUGCAUUUGCACACUCGCACAUCUGACAGAUGAGCUUCCUCCAGGAAAUGUGUUCUACUGCACCCAUUCGAGGUAUUUAGCGUUGCUGCCCGGAAAGUCUGCACUCGAGACGCUCCCACUCUGCCUCACUUCAUCUGAAAAGGAUCUAAGCAACGUGAAUACGUCCUCUUACUUUUUCAAAACCUUCCAGCCCUUAAAGAAAGCAAACCUUGGUGUUAUUGACAAUAGCUGUGCAGACCUCACUGUGAGAACAAUUGCGAACACGCACGCACACACGCCUUUCACUGGUGAAGCUCUUUCAACGCUUGUUUCCAAAAUAUUCCAACGUAACAGUUCAUUUUUCACGUCUCACGUACGCCGUCUUUUUCAGAGAAGCCAAAGGCUACUAUACGAAGAAGAAUGGUAGCAUGUAUUUCCACUGGAAAGCAUCAGUUAAGAGGAAGACGUGAACAAGCUCUGCUGACAGACAACAUGGUUUGAUUCCUGCUCAUAGGCGGGCAUACCUCGCAGCAACAGGCAGAACGUUGGACGGUCAGUUGAGGCGCUACAAAAGAAAGCCGGCAUGGGUUGUGAUUUAUUGUAUUGUAUUGUAUAGUACUUUAUUAAUCCCACUGCAGGGAAAUUGACUUGUUACAGCAGCAAGCGAGAUACGCAAGUAAAGAAUACAUAGUGACUACAACAUGGUUCAGGUGGUGCAGGUGUUGUAGAGCCUGACAGACAGCUGACAGCUCUAUGUGUGGCACACCCAAAUUCUACCUUAUCGCACUUUAUUACUGACACAAAAACAGCGGUGCAAAGUGUAGAUUAUAAUCCAAGAUCAUUUUGAGAUAAAGUGGCUUUAUUGAAAUGAUUAUUAUGGGCCGCACAGUGACCUCGUGGUUAGCUUGUUGGCCACACAGUCAGGAGUUGUAGAAAACCUGGGUUCGAAUCUCCACUGGGCAUCUCUGUGUAGAGUUUGCAUGUUCUCCCCGUGCACGUGUGGGUUUUCUCUGGGUACUCUGCUUUCCUCCCACAUUCCAAAAACAUGCAUGUUUCCAUGCAUCCAUGUGAACUGCGACUCUAAAUUGUCCAUAGGUAUGAAUGGUUGUUUGUCUAUAUGUGCCCUCCCAUUGACUGGCGACCGGUCCAUGGUGAUCCCCGCCUCUCACCUGAAGUCAGCUGGAAUAGGCUCCAGCAUGCCCCCGCAACCCUAGUGAGGAUAAGCGGCAUAGAAGAUGGAUGUAUUUUUUAUUAUUAUUAUUAUUAUUAUUACAAACAGCAGCUAUCAUCUUGUCCAAGGCUUUACUUUCUUUCAUUCUGCUGUCCAAAGACUAGCACAAGAAUGACUGUGCUAGGGAAGAAUGACACCUGGACUACAAUCGCUAGGUCUGGAAGGAGUUGGUGCCAAGGAGAAGGUGACAGAGACCCGCAGAGAACCAAAGUAUGGAAACUGGGUUGUCCGCUUGAUGUGUAUGAUAGCGCUUCACCGGCUGGUGUCCCGAAGCCAGGGAGUCAUAAUUGUCCAGAGUUUGGCCAAAGCCUUUUCACUUGUGGAACGUGCUCGGUAUCACGCUCCAUCUUCCAGACUAUCCCAAGUGAGAAAGCUCCAGAUGUGUGAAACUUGACUUGGGUUACUAUACCUGUACAUAUCAAAGUUUGCUCAGAUUCUGGGAUUAAAAAGACCAGCAAGUCAUAUUCUAAGAAGGAAGUAGUGUUAUUGAAGAUUUCGCUUGCAUGGAAGGUUGUUGGUUUGUAAACAACUUCAUCACAGCGAGCGAAAGGAAAACGUGGCGUGUUUGUUUUGCUGCUCAUGUUGAGAUGUUUAUGACCACCCAGUUUCUUCUUGACGCUGCUUCAUGUUGUCGCGGGGGAACACGGCUCUGCACAGACCUCAUCAUCGUAGAUUGUUUUCGUGGAGCUCACCUUCUACGAGUGCUUGAAUUGCAUUUACAUAAGGCCGGGGGGGGGGAUAAUUUUAGUUUAUUCAGACCAAAGAAAAUGCAACCAGAUGCCUCGAAUGCCACUUAGCACAAUCUGACAACAUUUACAUUUAGAUCCACACCUGCAUCAACGCACAAACGCUAAUAAUGCUAACAUCACGCCAGCCAACAGGAAUCAUUUUAUCCUGGUGAAGUCAACUAGAGGCCAAUGACAGGAAGUCAGGGCAGCUCCUGCAAUCCGGGCCCAGGAACCCAGUUUCCACCAAGCAGUACAGCUUACUUUUCAGUACUACAGGAGAUGACUAGAGAUAUUAGUUGGGUUUAUGUUAGGGCCUGACCGAUAUGGAUUUUGGGGUUUGACUGUGAUAAUAGGGAACUGCUGAGCUGAUGCUCAGUCAGUCAAGAUUCAAGAUUCAAGAGAGUUUUAUUGUCAUAUGCACAGUAAAACAGCAGUUCUACUAUGCAAUGAAAAUCUUAUUCUGUUCAUUCUCCCAAGAAAAGAAAGAAAACACAAGAAAGAAUAAGAACAUAAGAAACAUAAACAUAAAUACCAAUAAAUUAAGUAACAAAAACAGAAGAGACACUAAUACAAAUAAAUAAUAUAAAUAAAUAAAGUGCUAUGAGUGUGUGAGUGUGUGUUGCGUGCGGCGUGUGUGAGUGCUUCGUUGAGAAGCCUGAUGGCCUGUGGGUAAAAGCUGUUUGCCAGCCUUGUGGUCCUGGACUUCAAACUCCUGUAGCGUCUGCCUGACGGUAGGAGUGUGAAUAAUGAGUGUUGUGGAUGUGUGCUGUCCUUGAUGAGGUUGUGUGUUCUUCGUAGGACUCUAGUUUUAUAAAUGUCUUGCAGUGAGGGGAGGGCUGCCCCAACAAUGUUCUGUGAGGUCUUGAUCACCCGCUGGAGUGCCUUCCUAUCACGUGUUGUACAGUUACCGUACCAAACAGUGAUGGAGGCAGUAAGGACACUUUCGAUAAGUUUUUGCCAGAGUUCCAUGUUGCAGCCACACCCCUUUUGCCAAAGGGCCCCUUGGCCCCUGGCCCGAUUCACCGCUGUUUUCCAUGGUUGUUUGUGCCGAUUUCUGUACCAUUCGCCCCUCCAACCUACAUACGACGGCCCUUUUCGGGUGCUUGAGCUCGCUAUGUUCGAUAGGCUCAAACCAGCGCGUCUGGCAGCUGGGAGGUGUUAUUGCCAAUCGAGGUCCCCUGCCUCGGUCGCUUGUGCAGCUGCGGGCUGAACCUUCGCAGGUCAGAGUUGAGUGUCUUUCUCUCCCUCCUCCGGUGGACGGACAAUGCAGCUGUUUCCUUCCUUCUGGGUGUGUGGGUGGGUUGUGUGGCAAACGCUAGGGGGCAUCUCUCUCACCCAGUCAGCAGUCAGGUUGGAGAAAGAAAGAAAGUUGAAAGAAAAGUUCCUGCUUUGGCAUUCAUUCUGUUGUGGGCAGUGGAAGAAUGAAGUCCUGCUUGAGACCAAACACUUUGUGUGCUUUGCAACUGCCAGAGUGCCAGAGUUCUUUUUAUUGCCAGUCUAACAGAGAAAUGACAACUUCUUUUAGUAAACAGCUAUUCUCUAAUGGCUAAAGUCAGCCGAUUAUACAGUACCUGCUUUUUAUUACAACAAUAUCACGAGGCGGUAAGAGGACCUUCAGAGAGCUUGUUUGUGGCUUUCUGCAGAAGCUGUUCAGUUCCUGGCCAUUAGGACCAAAGAUUUAUUCAGCAGGGGCUAACUGGGGGGAUUUAGAAUGAGAAAAGUCGGGAGUGUGCUGAAACCGCAGAGACGGCACUUGUCCCUAAUCUCCCUUGACCCCAGCAUUGGUGCAACUCCAAGGGUGUCACAGCAAGAUCUUCGCCAGGUGGUGUACGAUUUCACCUGUCUGCCUUUCAGACCUUGAUGUGAACAGGUCCAGGAGAAUAGAGCACUGGGGUCCUUUUCACCGCCCCUCCUCCACUCCCUCGUCUCCAUUCUCUCCCUCUCUUUUCUUCCUGGCCGGCUAAUCUCCUCUCAGGUUUAGGAUUCCCGGGCCGGGCUCUUUGAGCGGCAGGAAAUAUGGGGUUGGGUAAACAUCAGGGCUCUCACUGCCGGGAUUACAACAGUCAUACAUCACCGUGACAACUCUCUUUUCAGCGGAUGACAAGUGACCAGGACCGUGCUUGGGGAGGGAUCCAAUGACACUUCCUAUCGCCAUAGUGCAUACCAACGUUUGGAGGGGCUGCACUGCAUGGCUGAAAGACAUCCUCAUUGGACAAAAUCCACUUUUUUGAAAAAUCCACUUCUAAUUUAGAAGGGAACGAUCUUUUUCCAUCACACAAAAACAGCACUUUAUGCCAAUGUGUAGUUUCUUUUCCCUUACCAACGUGCAUCGUGAUUAUCAGAAGUCACUUGAAGAAAAUUCUUUCAUUUCAAUUUUGUUCUUGUAAUAUUAUUACUUUAUUCCCAUAUUAAAACUUUUCCCCAAACUGAUUUUCCAAAAAUGUGUUUGUCAUAUUACAAAUAAAUAAAUAAAAUAAAUCCAUUUCAAUUCUACUAAAAUGACAUAAUUUUUCCUUAUAAUAUUCCAGGUUUAUGCUCAUGAAAUUGUGACUUUUCGUCUUGUUAGAAUACGUUUUUCUCAACAUUUUGACUUUAGCCGCGUAAAAUUAUAGCUGUUUAUUCCCAUUUCUGCUAUUUUUUUACAUUUAUUUUCCAACUAGUUCAAAUUUCUUCUUGUAAAUUUUCUUCUCGUAAUUAUGACUUUAUUCCUAUAAUAUUUUGACUUUAUUUUUGUAACAUAACUUUUUGCACAUCCUAAUUGGAGAGUUUGUUUCUUAAAAUAUUAUGACUGUAAAAAAGUUUUCUUUUUCAAAUUUAUGCUACUAAAAUAUUAUUUUUCUUCAUUAUAAAUUUACUUAAUUUACGUAAAAUUGAAAUUUUUGAAAAACAAACAGCCGCAGUCCGCUAAAGGCUCCUGGGCUGCACUUUGGACACCUUUUGAACUAAACACAUACACACAUGGCUCAAGAAUGUACUGUUGCUGGCAUUAGACGUCAUUGUUAUCUGUUUUUAAACCUUUUGCAUUCAAAUGUUGGACAACGUCCUGUUUGGAAGCUAUCUGAUCUGAGACUUAGUACAAUAAACUCGGGACCACUCCUGGUCUCUCUUGAGGACAGUUAUUUGCUGUAUCAUGUCAUAUUGACUUAUCUUCACCCGCUUUCCCCGUGAAGCAUUGUUGCUAAUUAUCUGCCUUAGUCUCUGCAAUUGAGAAGAGACUCAUCAUGUCCAACAUCCGAUAACAGAAUCAUACUCAGAUGUGGGCACAGAGAACACAGACGUCUUCAUCUUAGCGUUCCUUUAGCAAAAAACACAGAUAAACCACGUCAAUGUCUCAUUCCUAAAUGCCAAUGUGCGUUAACCUCUGACCCGGGGAGACGUGUGUCAGCCGGAAAGUCUCAUUUGUCAAACUGUCAAAGGUAAAUCACGAGGGACGCCACCAAGAUAGACUAAUAUCUAAUAUUUCUCACUUGCUUGGAUGAAUAAAUCCACUUUACACAAUCCUGCAAUUUAGCGAGCAAUGACUUCCAGACUGCAGGUCAACCGCAUCCAAGCAUCCAUCCAGCCCACAGUACACACGCAGAGGUCAAAGUGUUCUCAAGUCAAAGCAAAUCAACGUCCUCCUCAGCCUUUUGACCUUCACUUCAGUGCACCCAGCCCAAAUGGAUGGAGGUUAAAAGUUUACAUCCCACUUGGAAGCACAAAUGCAUGUACUGGAGACUUGGAAUGGCGAUAGAAGACAGCAGGCUUUCAAGCAUGACAAGGUACAGAAACAAGACAUGUUUUGUUUGGCUCCUCCUCAGGAUGCAUUCCACGGCAACAAUGAGCUCGCUCACAUGAAAGAAGCGGUGCAGACAAAAGAGCUUACCUUUGACUGCUGCAGAUGGAUGCCGUACAGCAGAAUAUUUAGCAGUUUGGCUGCAGACGCCAACUCCAUGAUGGCUGCUGGCUCUGAUGUGCCGCCAUCCAAAGUGCUGAAAUUGACCUAUCAAGGUAAAAGACACAAUACCCCAUAGAUCAAAAUGCUACACUAGUAAUACUUGUCAGACACGGAUAUCCAGUACUACUACGACAACAACAACAUCAAACACACAUUUGAAACGUACACAGUAGUAGCGCAUAUACAAUGUCCAAGGUUGGAUGAGAAUUAGAGAUGCUCGAUAUUGCCUUUUUUACCAAUAUCCGUCUUGCCGCAUGGUAAGUUAUGUCUUAUUAUUGCUCAUCAUGUCUACUAUAUAUACACUGCUCAAAAAAAUUAAAUACUUCGGAAACACAUCUAAACUGGGGGGAAAAUGAUGUUGAAUAUGUUUCCUGAUAAUAAGUGGGUGAUGUAUUAGUAACAAAAUGAUGCCACAUCAUUUGAUAGAAAUGAAAAAUGAUCACCCUAUAGAGGGGGGAAAUCAAAGACACCCCAAAAAUGAAAGUGAAAAAAUGAUGCAGCACACUGGUCCAUUUUGCUCAAAUGUCAUUGUAGCAACUCAAAAUGAUUCUCAGUAGUUUGUGUGGCCCCCACGUGCUUGUACGCAUGCAAUCAGAAGGCGAAACUAAUUAAUUACUAAAUAAUAAUAAAUAAUAGCUAAAUAAUUCCAGACUUAAAAUAAUUCCAAGCUUGUUGCUCUGUUUGAUGAGGUCUCCAAUACCGAUAAAACUGAUACCGAUGUUAUCCACCAGUUGUUCCUGAAUCUUUACUUUUUAUCUUAGCAAGACAUUUUAGACAACUAUUUGUGGGAACACUCUGGGGAAGACCCUUUUCUGUUCCCAGUACACAAAGCAAGGUCCAUAAAGGGUUCGGAUGUCUUCCCAGAAGAGUGGAUCCUCUUCUUGGUGCAAAAUGGGAGCGACAACUUCACUUUUCACUUCAUGUGGGUGUCCUAGUUCUUUCCUUCAUGUGGUGCACAAACUACAUUGCUUGAGGCAUCAGCAGAGCUUUCAUUUUCCCUCUCAGAUCUAAUUUUCCCAGACAAAACAUUGUCCAGUCUGCUUUUCCGCCACCAGCAGUGCUGCGUUGCCAGCGACACUCUGCACUGAUUGCUACCAUGUGACCAAAGCUACUACUACAUAUCUUACAAGUGUGAAAUUCAGAAACUUUCUGUGAAGACACAACAUCCCGAAGUGACUUCACGCUCAUGAAACAGGUCAAACGGGGACAUUUAUGGGUGAUUUUUCUUUGGACUUUUGGACAAAUCUGAGAAGUCCUCACCCAAAUGACGACCACCGGGUAGAGAAGAGUUUGAUGGGUUGCCUCCAAGGCCUCUAAGGUGGCUUUCACUUCAGCCAGGUCGGAGCCAUGAAUCUGGAAUCAAGAUAACGUCUUAAAGACCAGACCAGUGUGACAAGCAGCCACGCCACAAACUGAACGUCAACUUACAGAAAAGUGGAUGAAGUUCCACCCCUUGAACAGAUACCUGACGUUGUCUCCUGUCAGAUCUGGGAUGACGUCCAGCUCCUGGAAGACAUAGAGAUGUCCUGCCAGUCAGGAUUCCAUUGGAACUCGAGCAUAACAACAUUUUAAGGAGUUGCUGAAAAUGUCAGGAAUCGUUCACUGCAGAAUGGUCGCCGUCUGCUACGCUGUAAUCAACUGAAAAAGAAAUGGUGUUAAUAAUUUGGAGGUUGUGGUCACUCCAUUCAUUGGGCCUCCCAACAAACAAACAGAAAGCACACUCACACACUCGUCUGGCAUGGACAUCCACUUGCUCCCAGUGGUUGAAAGUGUUAAAUACGGAAUGGUAAGCACAUGUCGGAGGUUUAAUUAGUCUUGAAAGAUAACAGCCCGGGGCUUCAGAUGGGGGGUGGAAAUCAUUUCAGUCUGAACUGAUUAUGGAUUUGAAAGGUUAGUGAUGGACUAGAUUUAAAGCAGGUUGCCCAUGAAAUCCCUGAGUGAGAAUGUUUGUUUAAAUUUAUGCAUGGCAGCUUUGAGAGCCAUGGCGGAUUGACAACUUAACCGAGCACAGAAGGCUUCAGUCUUCCUUCUCUCCAGUUCAUUCUGACUCGCAAAGCAAUGACACCACAGACCAGGGGAGUCCAAGCAUUUUCAGAUGAGAAAAACUGAAGCAUGGGGGCCAUUUCAUUUUUAGUUAUGUUUUAUUAAAAACACCAAAACCAAUCCAAUGGAGGUUACUUUGGUAUUUUUAAAGAAAGAACAGCCUACAGCUUUCUGUUAGCAAAUUCAACAUGUACCAGUCUUAAAAAGGGGUUUCUUUCAACUAUUUGUGUUUUUGCCCAAACACAAAUUGAUUUCUUAUUUUUUUGCAUUUGUUUGUCACAUUUGAUGAUCAGGAGAUCAUCAAACACAUGUAAAUAUUAGUCAAUGACAACAAAACUAAAUACAAAAUGCAGUUUUUUUUUUAUUAUUAAGGGAGGAAAAAAAAUCCAAACCAACAUGUCCCUGUGUGAAAAAGUGAUUGCCCCGUAAAGCUAAUAACUGGUUGGGCCCCCCUUAGCAGCAACAACUGCAAUCAAGCGUUUGUGAUAACUUGCAGUGACUCUCUUACAGCGCUGUGGAGGAAUUCUGGUCCACUCAUCUUUGCAGAAUUGUUGUCAGUCAGCCACAGUGGAGGGUUUUCCAGCACCUUUUUAAGUCAUGCCACAGCAUCUCAAUAGGAUCCACUUGACUAGGCCACUUCAAAGUCUUCAUUUUAUUUUUCUUCAGCCAUUCAGAGGUGGACUUGCUGGUGUGUUUUAGAUCAUUGUCCUGCUGCAGAAUCCAAGUUGGUUUCAGCUCGAGAUCAGGAACAGAGAGCAGCAAAACAGCCCCAAACCAUCACACUACCACCAUCAUAUUUUACUGUUGGAAUGACGUUCUUUUUCUGAAAUCCGGCGUUACUUUUACACCAGAUGUAGUGGGACACACACUUUCCAAAAAGUUCAACUUUUGUCUCGUCAGACCACAGAGUAUUUUCCCAGAGGUCUUGAGGAGCAUCAAGAUGUUUUCUGGCAAAAUUGAGACGAGCCUUAAUGCUCUUUUUGUUCAGCAGUGGUUUUGGUCUCUCUCUGCCAUGCAGGCCCUUUUUUUUCUUAUGGUGGAGUCAUGAACACUGACCUUAACUGAGGCAAGUGAGGCCUGCAGUUCUUUGGAUGUUUUUGUGGGGUCUUUUGUGACCUCUUGGAUGAGUCAUCACUGCAUUCUUGGGGUAAUAUUGGUUGGCUGACCACUCCUGGGAAGGUUCAUUUGUGGACAAUGGCUCUUGUUGUGGUUUGCUGGAGUCCCAAAGCUUUAGAAAUGGCUUUUUAACCUUUUUCAGACUGGUAGGUCUCAAUUAGGCCCUGCCCACAUGGGAACGUUCUUGGGAUUUUUUUUUUGUUUUCCAGUGGGUUGAAAAAAGAAAAAAAAAAAAAAAAAAAGAAGUCCCGUCCACACUGAGCUGGAUUAGUAUAUAGUUGCAUCCAAAUGGGAACGCAUCACUGAGUGAAAACCAUGUAAUACACAAGGCAAACCUACAUGUGGCGCUGUGCACAGGCACGCAGACAGAACCACGUGACACUCCAAAUCAGAAGAAUAAAGAACGCAUCCGCAUAAGUCAGUCGUCUUCUGCACAUCAACACUUACGAGAAGUGGAGUUACUUCUGCAAGUGAUUAUGGCGUAUAAGACAACAAAAUAUCAGGAGAAUGUCGACUGAGGUGUCCAUUCAGCUAUUAUGUUAGCUUGUUGUCAAAGCUCUCUUCUCGUCACGUGACGACGACGACGAGGCAGUGGGUCAGUGACGUCAUCGCUCUCGUGUUGCCUGUCUAUACGGCAAUGACAAGCCCCCGUUUUCAGAUUUUUCGUGUGGAUAGCCCCUUACUUUGUUUCUCAUUUGUUCCUGAAUUUCUUUAGAUCUUGGCACAAUAUCUAGCUUUUGAGGAUCUUUCAGUCUACUUCACUUUGUCACGCAGGUCCUAUUUAAGUGAUUUCUUGAUUGACAACAGGUGUGGCAGUGAUCAGGCCUGAGUGUGGCUCAAGAAGUUGAAACUCAGGUAUGAUAAACCACAGUUAAAUUAUGUUUUAACGGUGUGUAGGGCAAUCACUUUUGUCGACCCCUGCCAUUGACUCUCACUAACAAACACCUCUGUAAUUAUAUGAUGUAAUAGCUUUUCAUUGCUUGGUUGAAUUUGAAUGUGUUGUGAGAAUUUUUUUCUGGCAGUAUGUUCAUUGCUUUAGUUAAGAAAACCUGAAUAUGGACUAUUUGUGAAACAGAUCUUUGAUUUGAUACUUGAAGCAACUUCCAGCUUGAAAGCUUCAAUCAUGAUGAUGAAGAGUGUUUGUGACAGCUUUCCGAAAGCAGACGUUAAUUCUUCCGCUUUUUCCACUCAUCUUUCUCCAUGCUCUAAGACAAACUCCCCCAAAAGCAUCCAUCUCAUUCCACGGGAAGAACUCGCAGCCCCACCAGGCACCUGAACAUUGACGGGAAUGUCUCCAAUAGGACGAUGCCGACCUUGAGCCACCUCUGGGACUGGAUCCAGCAAAGAUCCACCCACCUGACACAAGCGGAUGAUGGAGGACUUGGAGAAGGUUGAAAGGCAGACGAGAUGCAUGUUUGGAUCACGUAACGCUCCCCUGCUCCUGUACGUACGUCCAGGGAAUGCAUCGGGACGAUGGUCCAGGAAACACGGCUGACUGAGCAUGAGGCCAUGUGCGUGCGAUUUGUACGCAUCAACACGAGCAGGCGAUGGGACGGAAUUAUGAGGAAAUCACAGGGCGGUCGCCACAUCUUGAACACACUCUGGAGCACUGCAGAGGUGCUGAAACCGGGAGGUUGACAAUGAGGGAGUUGAAGGAAAAGCUACAGGAGAACAUGUGAAGCUCUAAGAUGGUUUGCAGAUGCUCUUCAACAUGUGCUAGGUUGUAAUAUGAAGCAGGGGCAACAAGGGAAAGCGACUUGUCGAAAGAGUAGGGAUAAAAGCUCUGAAGGUUUUGGGAAGAAGAGAGUGCGGACACGACGCUACACACUCGAUUAAUCAAACAAACUCCUGCGGUUCAGCAAAUAUGCCAUCUGGAAGCUGGAGGCGGAGAGAUGCUACAGACAAGACUUCAUUAUUUGUUUGACCACAGACGGGCAAUUUUCACCACCGGGACCACCCAGAUGUCCACAUGUCAAAAUUUCAAAAUAGAAGGAUGGUGAACUCUUGUGCCGUGCUAAUCACAAACCUUUUAACCAGCCGUGACUGUCGCAACGUACCAUUUCCAAUGCGGAAAAGUCCUUGCGCAGGGCGUCGGCCAGGAUCCUGGCACGCUCACAUCCACCUGUGAUCAUGCAGACCCACUGCGACACCGUGUCUGCAAGAAAAGGACACAAGCACUGACACUCGGUAGGGUGCUGACCUCUGCCAGUUCCAUGAAUAGUGUGCAGUAAAUGCUCCAGUUAACUCCUCAGUUUCCUAUAUUUGCCGGGUGCGUCCUCUCCAAAAGCAAACAACAACCAGGGUCACGCCAACUUAAAACUCAACUCUGAACCCACAAUGUCACUUCCUGUCUGCCCCCCCGAGUCAGCUCCCCCCUCCACAUUUACAGUCUUAUUUUCUCUUAUGUCUACUAUAUUGGGUAAUAUGAAUGUAAAGGUGACUAUAGGGGUGUUAUUUCAUGCCUAGAGGGCUCUAACAAUGUUAAAUGUAUUUGGUGGUUUGUAAACAGAUGUUCUAUGCUCCAACUACGAAAAUAUUCCAUUUAUAAAGAGAGAAUCCUACUUCCCAGAAAUUCACUUAUCACGGUUGUAUCUGAAACCAAUUAAUUGCGGUAAACGAGGGAUUACGGUACCUGUUAAUAAAUGACCAUGUGGGCAAAAACAGCUACCUUUCAGGUACACUUUCUCAUGCACUCCAAAUCAUAAUUAAAGCUCAAAAAUGUAUAUAUGUAUCUACAAUUAAUGUGCUAUUUUAGGUAAUUUAUGCUCAUUAAGGGAGAGUUUAUCAUUAUAGUACAGUAUUGCCCAUGUCUCUGAACAGAACCAUCAAUACAAUACCUCAUUGUAAAUAUUCUUAUAUUUGCACAUGCAUUUGUACUGGAGGCCGCCCGUGUGCACUCCCAGUCUGAGACAAAGCCACAAAGUAGAAAGGAUCCGCACUUCAUCACACUGACAAACGUGAGAACUUAGCCGUCUUGAACAAUGCAUUCAUUCAACGUGCGAGGCUAUGGGAAACACUGCGGCGCUCAUGUCGUCACCAUCAAACAGGUAAUUGUUGGCGCACAGGUGCUAGCGGGGUGAUAUAUACGGGUUGGGUUUAUUUCCAUUUAUCUGUUUGUCUCCUGUCUCGACUUGCUCGCUCCUGAAUUCAUAGACUGGCUGAACAAUGCUACUCACUAUUUUGCCCCUUUCAGACGCUUCAACUCUUACACGUAGAGGACCAAACACCGCUAAAGUCAGAGUGCUUAUUUAUUACCGUUAAUAAGCUCACCUUUGACAAUGGACUCCGCGGCAGCCAAGUCCCGUUUGUACGUAACCUGAGGGGGCACCCAAAUGAGCUCAGUUACAUGGGAGUCUGUGUGAGGAAAAAGCGGUGAGCUCACCUUCCACAGUGUUGGCGGGCCCUCAAUGAGCUUAGCGUUGGUGCCGCAGUACUGCAGAACCAGAUGGAGGCACUCUGUACCAAAGUCAAAGUCAGCCCCGGUGCACUGAGGAGGGAAGAUGACAGUGUUUCCUCAACGUUCUGUCAGGGCUGAAGAUUGAACGGGAUGCUUGAGCUGGCAUCUGGUUUUGGGCCAAAAUACCGGCACACAACCGCAAUUUUUGUAUUUUUAUCUGCUUAAAAACUCAAAUUUUCCACUUGUUCUUGCAUCCAGGCAUUGCUCAUAGUUUGGCUAGGUGUAUUAUCCUUUCUCUAACCUAGCCACAAGAGAAUCAAAGCUAACUCAUUAUAUUACAAAGCCUUCAAAUAUAAAAUAGAAACAGUGCGUCACAGGGAUGAACGAGGGAGAACGUGCAUCAUCCUGUUGUCUCGCAUCUGCUGAUAUUUCAGCUCUCUGGCGCCUUUUAUUCGACGACCUGCAUUAGAGAACACGCCGUUCGUGGCACCACAUCUUUCACGUCCCACUUGUUGGCCGUAAGGCCAGCUUCAACGUCCUUGAACCGCAAACAGGAAGUCCACGUAGUGCGUACCCUACCCUCUGAUAGGCUUGAUGGAUGACGUCAUACGUGAAGCCCUGCGGCAUCUCGCUGGCUCUGUACUUGGCUCGCUCCAGAGCGUGGUCCAGGUAGCCCUCUGAUGUCGUGGCGAUCACCGUGGAAACAAGAGGUCGGAUGGCCCCAGCCGCCUGGGUGAGGAAAACAACUAUUAACUAGGUUGGUGAUUAAAAAUGAUACACAUUUUAAUCAAAUUAAUCACUUUUUAAAUGAAUUAAUCAUGAUUAAUCACCACUUGCAACUUUGUAUGAAAUGUGGGCUUUUUUUAACAUAAAGCUGAAUGACAGGAUGCAAUUUUUUGUAUUUGUAAGUAUUAAUGGCUUCAAAUGAACGGAACAUUUACAUCAUGCUAAAUGAUAGCACACACAAAUCUAUUGGCCUAACACUAGUUUCUUUAAUAGUAGCAGAACAUUUGAACGUUUGAGCCACAAGGGGUUGUGCUCAAAGACGCCACGUCAUUUUUAAAUUUUUAAUUCACCGUUUUGAGUGUAGAUAUAUUUUCUUGGAUUUCCAAGCACACUUCAAUGCAGUGAAUUGUACUUCCGCAGUAAGAGUUACGCUAGUGAGUGACAAUAAAGACUUUGUGAUGUUUGGAGUGCCCCUGAAUACGCCUCGCUGUGGUCUAGUGACAAUGAGGAAGUUUGGUUCCGAGGAGGACUAGUGACGUGUUUGAGCUGGUGAUACAUAUAUGGAGAUGGAAUUUCACUGCUGUUGAUGUGUUCAGGUCAGAAUAAAGUGAUAAAAGAGCAAAGAGCAUCAGACUCUGUGGGGACGCUAUUGUGCCUCCGUCUGCCGUCAUAACACAGAGGGGUGGCUUGACAUGAUGUGCAUUCGUUUAUUACGCUAAAAAUUUUAACGUAAUUAAUUAAAUUAGUUAUUAUAGUUAGUUAUUAUAUAGUAAUAUAGUUAUUAUAGUUAUUAUUAUACCGCCAUUAAUGCACCUUUUUUUGACAGCCCUACUAUUAACACAACAUGCAACAAUGAAUGCGCUCCCAAAUUUGUUUUUAUACAGUCCUAUUGACACGUUGACCCACACAUCCACACAACAUGUCGGCAAACCAAAGCUGCGCAAACGCGUGUUUCUGCUGUUAAAAUGGAAAUACCAGACGUGCUCUGAAGCCUUGACUUGCACAACCUGCUGGCGAAUGUCUCCAAAACAAAAUAUCUACAUCCCUAGACGUCUUUCCAAUAGGUGCUUUAAUUUCCUCAGUAAUUAAUGUAUUAUUGUUGGCAACAUAAUUUGGGUGCAAGCAGGAAGUGCGUAUAUGAACCUUGCAUUUGAGUGUUGCAUUCCACUUCGUUAUUCCUCAUAAUCUGACGCUCUUAUGUUGAUACAUAAUAGAACCCAAAUAUAGGGAUAAGCUGUCAGUGUCUGAAUGUCAGUCUCCUCCACUGCAAACUACAACCAAAAUAAUUACAGUAAAUAAAAGACAUAAAAAAUAGAUUUUUUUAUAUUAACCAGUAUUUUUACAAAUAUUUCAAGUGAAUAAAUUAAAAACAACAAAGCUCUUGUAUUGGAUGUCAUUAUACUGUGCAGGCAGUGGUGGGCCAGGAAGGCCUUGUCCGCUGGCCUACUGACCUACAGUUACAAUUUAAAUUCUAGUAUUUGUUUCAUGAAAGUGUAUGCAUUUAUUCCCAGCAGUCUAUUAUUUUCAUUUAGUAGCGUGUUCCUUGGCUGCACUGCUUCCAGUAGUUGUAUGUGUAUGUUGGAUUUAUUUGUCCAACUUCUGUGUGUUGCCAUGUCAAUGUAAUCUGCCCAGGGACUUCAGAAUCAGGAAUCUGUCACAUAAACUGUAUUAC